CAAAUAGAUAGUCACUGAUCUAACUGGUAUUCUAAGUACUAACGGACUAAAUGUUGUACAUAUUUUACUUUUAUCACGUGAUAUAUUAUUUGACUCAAACUGUUACGACAAUAGAUGAGUAUAUACUAUGUGAGGGUGUUGACAAUAUCAAUUUGGAGUGUUGCCAGGCAUGUUCCAUUCAAAUUCUACAGGCGAAGUACGGGAGAACUAGUUCUAUAGUGUGCCCUCAUGUCACCGUGAACACGUCUACAGAAUAUGACUGUACCAAUCCAGCCUUCACUGCUGUGAGCGACGCUUGUAACGGAAAUCAGUCAUGUCAGCCCGUAUCCUCGAACACAGACGGUGAUCCUUGUCCAGAUGUUUUUAAGUAUCUGAACGUUACGUAUGAAUGCUUACAAAAAGAAAUUACAACAGUAAAGACAACAGCUAAUAUUGAUCAGACUAUGUCUGAUACUGAAACAGACCCUUUGGCUUAUACAGAAUUUACAACAGAAAAGACAACAGCUAACAUUGAUCUCACAACGCCUGAUACUGAUACAGACCCUUUGGCAUAUACAGAAAUUACAACAGAAAAGACAACAGCUAACAUUGAUCCCACAACGCCUGAUACUGAUACAGACCCUUUGGCAUGUCACUGUCCUUGCUAUCUAGUUGGACAAAACAAAUGGGGAUAUUUACGUGAUCUAGAUUUGUCUUUGGUACAGUUAGAGAAGGUCUUGAAACCUGAUUUAGAUAUAUUACAGAAACUUCUUGCGAUAAACAAGACAAACACUACAAUGAAUUUGCGAACCAAAUAUUCUGCAGCAGACGAUCGUAUUUCUGCCGUUUCUAUUGGUUAUGUAGGAGCUACAAUUAUAAGUCUUGUUCUUGCCUUUAUUGUUGUGAUGGAUUUGAUAGGAUUUUUUCGCUGAAAUUUUUUCGUAAUAUAAAAGAUUGUUAAAAUGUUUGACAUUUGUCUAAUCGUAGAUUGUCGUAUUUCAAUUAUUUGUGAGUUUCGAUUGCCCGCCUAGUUUGAACAUAUUCAUUCAUAGUGGAUUGAGAAUCAAGUUUUGCAACUUAUAUUAAUCCCUUCCCACUUUGCGGGUGCGAGUGCUGCCUUGUAGCGGCUUUAGCCUACUCUUUUUCGAAAUCUACAAGGGUGUCUUUAACGUGCAAGAUAUAUGGCUCUCUCUAAACACGGGUCAUCCAUUUAUCGUCCCCUCCCGACGGACUAUCAUCGUUUCUUCAAGCUAGUACUGUAAACCAGGAAAUUUUCGCGCCGUUUUUAUGUCGCGAUUAACUAACACAAUCUAAAUUCGCGCCGUUUUGAAUUAGCGAUUGCACAGUGGCCUAAAUAAAUAUUUGGAAAGGGAUCAGCUUUACAUAUAUCUUAAAUCAAGUGAUAAAAAAAUCAAAAAAUCUUAUAUUUUCGGUUCAUUAAUGUUAGAGUGGAUUUAAAGUUUGUCGUGGUUGUUUGUAAAAACACAUACACAAUAACAGAGAAGUAGCCUUAAUUAGGAGGGAAUUAAAAUAAUGUGUUUUCAGGAUUCAUGCUUAUUAAUCGAACUUUUGA